AUGUAUGCAGCAGUUUUUAGAGCUAUCGAGGUUAUGGAACUCCUUAUCAGUCACAAGGGUAUCAACCAUCUUGGGACGAAAAAGCAGAAGAUCAAGGAUGAAAAUGGUGAAUAUUCACAUGAUAUCGAGAUUGAUGGUCCUGGGUCGGAAAGCGAAGAGGAAGAAGAUAAGAAAUACGUAGAUAUUCAGACUUCAUAUGAUGAUAGAUUUAUCGACCGCGAGCCUGCAUCAGGCUCUACUCCACUACAUCUCGCCAUCUGGGAAGGAAAAGCUAACGCUGUCAAGUUACUUCUGCAGCAUCGUGCAGACAUGCAUAUUAAGGACGAUGAUGGGGAGUCGCCCAUGGAUCUCGCUUUGUCGUUGGGCAACGACGAGAUCUUGAAGUUGCUGAAAGUAUUUAAGUCGAAGGAGAUUGACGAAGAGGCGGUAGAGUGAUAUGUUGCGAUACUGCAAUGUCAAGAGGAUAUCGUGCAAGUACUAAGAGCAAGAGCCAAUAUGAAGGGUCAUUCGAUAUGCAAUGUUUCCUAGUCAUUCCCAGAUAGAAUCCCAGCUAAAUCCUCGGGUGUUGGUAAGAGCCUGUAGAUGCAGACCAAGACAUUAGGAUCAU